AUGGGAGAUUAUCAAAGUGUGAAUGCUGAAAUUGAAGAUUACCUAUCAACAAGAUUACCUAAUGAUCAACCUACAAAAGAAUUACAAACACACAAUAAUACAACUGAUCUUAAGUAUCUUUUAGAAUCACUUCAUUAUACUUAUAAUGAAAUCAAUUCCUCUCUUAAAGCUAAUAAUCCUGAUGGAAUUAGAGAUGCUAUACUUAGAAAUGAUAUAAAGAUGUCUAUGGUAAAUGAAUCACUGUUAGAAUCUCUGAGGAAAAUUACUAAUGAUAAAGAUGAAUUAAAGAAUGAUAAUAAAAAGUUGUUAAGAGACAAGAAAGAGUUAUUAGAACAACUAUCUAAGUCUAAGAUAGCUCUUAAUAGAAUUGAAAGUAAUAAUUCAAUUAGUAAAUCAAGUAUUAAUGAAUUAAAUCGUAUUAUUAGUGAUCAGAAAGAUAAGAUCAAUCAGUACAUUACUACAGUUCAAAAAAGUAAGGUUGAAUGCAAUAGUUUAAAAACUAAACUAGCUGAUUUGAAAAAUUUAAGAUUGAAAACUACCGAGAGGUUUUCGUCAUAUGAACAUGAGAUGGAAUCAUUAAAUAAGUUAGUGUUAGAUAGAGAAGAAGUGAUUAGAAAGUUGGGUGCUGAAAACAAAUCUGAAGUGAAUAAGAAUUUAACUAUAAAAACAAAGAUUGAUGAACUUGAAAGGAGUGUUGAAAAACUAACACAACAAUUAGAGUUUAAAGAAAAAAGUUUAACUCUUUGUAAUGAAGAGAUGAGUAAACUUAUAUCAUCAAAUAAAAAAUAUCAGUCUGAAAAUGAAAAGUAUAAAAAUGGAAGUACUUACUAUGAAAAUUUGUAUAAAAAUUUGAAUAGUCAAAAUUCAUACUUAACUUAUCAGUUAAACAAGAUGAUCAAGUGUGAAGAAUACUCAAAGGAAGGUUUUAAGUUUUUUGAAGAAGCAGAAGAAAAAGAAAAGAAGUAUAAAAAGAAAAUAUCAAAAUUAAAGUCAAUGUGUGAUAAAUUGAAUGAUGAGAAUGAUCUAUUAAAAGAAAAAUUAGAAGAUAAAUUAUACAAAGUUAAUCCAGCUGACAAUACUUUAACUUUAAAUGAAAAAGUUGAUGAUUUAAUCAAAAUUAAUAAGGAAUAUAAAAAUAAGAUACUUCAAUUGGAAAAUCAAAUCAGUUAUCAAAAUGAACAAUAUAAAAAUAAUAAAAAUAGAAAUGAUAAUCAAAAAGUUAAUUUUAAUAUUAAUAAUAGAGAAUUUAAGAUAAAGAAUGAUAAAGAUACAACCAUUAAUUUAAAUAACAAAUUUGAUUUAAAUGAAUUAAAGAGAAAGUAUAAAUUAGAUAAUGAACGUUCAACUUACAAUCCAAAUACAUUUAAAAGACAAACUAAUUUUAAUAAUAUAAAAGAACCUAAAAUAUAUUUUAAUGAUUUGAGAGAUAUAAAUUUAUCAAGAAAUUAUGAAGAAGAAAUAAAAUAUCAAGCAAUGCCUGGUGGAUUAACUUUAAUGAGUGACAAUUCAAAUUUAUAUGAACAGAAACUAGAUUUUGAUUAUGAGAAAGAUAAAAUGAACAACAUGAAAGUAAAUGAAGAUUUAAUUAGAAAGAUGGUUGAAUUAAAUACUAAAGUACGUAACAGUAAUAAAGAUGAAAAAAACUUAAUGAUUGAAAAAUAUAACGAACAAUUAAAUGAUGAAUUGAAUAAUGAAGUAGAUUAUAAUCCAUUUGAUGUUCCAUCAGAAGAUUCAAUAGGAUCAUUUCAUACAACAUCAACACUUAAAGAAAUGCUAGCAAGGACUGACAAUUUAAAAAGAAAAUUUGAAAGUUUAGAUAAUGAAUUAGGCAAAAUAAAAAAUACUGAUUUAGGUGAAACUGAAAAGCUAAGAAAUCAAAUAAGAACUUAUAAUUCUUAUUAUAGCGAUAUGAAUGUUGAUGAUCCUGAUAUUUUAUAA